GGAGGUGGGUCUAUUUAGGAGGCGGACACGGGAGGUGGGAGCGCAACUAAACUUCGGUGCUCCUCAAUGAUUAUUAGAAGUAACUUAGAAAUUGCUCAACAGUCAACAACGAAAGUCACAGGGUGAGUGAGCAGAAUACACGGGAACGAAAUAAACCCCUGCAGUUAACUUAAAGGCAAUCGUCACAUCUCAAUUGAAUUUAUCAGCACAAUAUAUGGAAAAUAUUCAGAAUCAUCUCUCAGCUGAUGGUAAACUAACUAUAGAACUCACUCCGCUUCGCUUUCUAGUUCAAUUUACGAGAAUUUAACGCGACUGCAGCUGCAACUUCGCCACUCUUUACUUGUUUAUUCGGAAAAUCAUUAAAGUGGCCUAUAAAUGCAACGCUGUUUAAUAUAUGAGAAGACAAUGGCACCAGAGACAAGGAACGGAGGAAGUUCUUCCCUGAAUAACAACAACAGUAAAGACAACAGCAGGAAAAAGUUCCUGGUCGGCGUGGAUCUCUUCUGCUUGUUUUUAGCCGGCCUGCCUUUCCUGAUCAUAGAAACUAGUGCUGUACAGCCCUACCGCCGAGGCUUUUACUGCAACGAUGAGUCCAUCAAGUACCCGGCCAAACACGGAGACACCAUAAGCGACGCUGUGCUUUCUGCUGCUGGCAUUCUUAUCACCAUCCUUUCUAUCAUCAUUGGUGAGAGCUACAUGAUCUACUACCUGAACGAGGGCUCCAAGUCCUUCGUGGGGAACCCCUACAUCUCCGCCCUCUACAAGCAGGUGGGCGUGUUCAUCUUUGGCUGCGCAGUCAGUCAAUCGUUCACGGACAUUGCCAAGGUAUCGGUGGGCCGCAUGCGACCCCACUUCCUGGACGUGUGCAGGCCCGACUGGUCCACCAUCAACUGUUCUUUGGGCUACAUCACAGACUACCAGUGUAAUGGACCCGAGAGCAAAGUCCAGGAAGCCAGGAAGUCGUUCUUCUCUGGCCAUGCGUCCUUUUCAAUGUACACCAUGCUGUAUUUGGUGUUCUACCUGCAGUCCAGGUUCACCUGGCGUGGAGCCCGUCUCCUGCGCCCCCUGACCCAGUUCACCCUCAUCAUGAUGUCUUUCUACACCGGCCUGUCCCGCGUCUCCGACCACAAGCACCACCCCACCGAUGUCCUGGCUGGAUUCGCACAGGGAGCCCUGGUGGCCUACAGCAUAGUGUUUUUCGUAUCUGACCUGUUCAAGCCCAAAGGCAGAAGUUCAGCUCUACCAGUGACACCAUUAAAGAACCCCAACAACCCCACGGCAGACAUCAGAGAGAGGAGCAACCACCUCACCAUGGCAUAGUASAGACCACUAGAGUACAGCUACCUUCCUCUGUAGGUUUUAAACAUCCCUUAUUUCAUCUACUGGUCUGUACUGGAUAUGUUAAACAACCAAAGCAGCAAGACUGCCAACUGACAUGUCUGCAAGGCACAGAGAAAUAAUGAGCUAUGGAGAACUUACUUUGGAAAGAAGAGGAGAGACACAAACAACACACACACGCCGUUUGAACAGCCAGCAACAUCCAUGUUUCUCACCAUCUCAUCUGACAUGUGAAUGUGGAAGAGUGUGGGGAGAGAAUUCAUAUUUUGCUUUAAUUACCCAAGAUCUCUACAUCAAACCUGGUGCUUUGCAGAUUAACUUUAUCUGGAUCUGCAGACAAGGAAGUUUCACAGACAGAAUCAUGAAGGAAGGAGAGAAGGAAACGAACAGCUGUGGAACGUGAUAAUGUCUGCUUGGCUUCAGGCACCAUGGAGACUGGCUAAUAAUACCAUUCACACACAUACUUUGUGCAUAUGAGAUACAAACUCAUGAACAGGAACAAAUUCCUUGAUUAGAGGAAGGAUGUUUUUUCUUUAAUAAAUAACCUUCGUUAUAAGUUCGAGCUAUAGCACUAUAUCCAAACUCAAUAUUUUAUUUAAUUGUCACCACUUGAAUGAACUGAAGUGAAGCUUUUCUGUAAAUCUUUGUAUUAAAACCAGCGUUUAGGUCUCCUGAAAUGUAGUUUGUAUAGAAAUAUAUACACUGUAGAUGGAGACUACAGAGAGAGGGAUGUGGGCCUCUUUUUGCUGGUUGGGACGAGCCUCCACUGAGCCCUGUAAUGAAGUGACUGUGUGUGCCAGAUGACUGCUCACAAGUAUUAGGUCAGAGUAUUAGGCCAGAGUGUGUGUGUAUAUGUAUGUGUCUGUCAGUGUGCAAGUAUCUGAACGUCAUGUGUGUGUGUGUGUGUGUGUGUGUGUUCGUGUGUGUGUGUUCGUGUGUGUGUGUUCGUGUGUGUGUUCGUGUUCCUAAAUGCUGCAGGUUAAAGACCGGGAACGUAAGGCUGCUUCAACAGACGUUUAUAUUAAAAACAGGAAAUCUGUGGAAUUAUACUUUCAUAGAUUAGCUUUGUGAUACAUUUUCUAGUGAUUCACAUAAACUGUGCCAACUUCAUAAAAAAGAACCCCUUCCCUGUGACACUAUAGUAUGCUCUGUCCUACCAUGUCAUUGCAACCAAACAGCAAUAUCUGUUUUAUUUUUGUAAUGUAAAGAACAUUUUUGUAUCAUAGAAUUAUGUACAAUAUCCUUUACCUACGUUUUCAUGAAAUAUCCACUAUGAAUGUUGACGUGUCGAUACCUGUGUAAUUGUGUAAGUGCUGCUUAAAUAAGCAGUGAUUGACAAAAGUCAUUCAGUGAAAUGACAAUUUGUGUUGUGAGUAUUCAAACUUUUGUGAAAUAGCUUUCAAGAAGACAGCUUUAUAUUAAAAUACCUUUUAA